AUGUCCACCAAAGGGAGGGUCCUUGUAAUCGCUGGCUCGGACAGCUCCGGCGGCGCCGGACUCGAGGCCGACCAGAAAGUGCUCGCGGCCCACGGCUGCUAUGCCAUGACGGCGACGACGGCCCUGACGGCCCAAAACACCAAGGGGGUCGUCGACAUCUUCCAUAUCUCCCCGGAGUUCGUGCGGAAGCAGAUAGAUGCCUGUUUCGACGACAUCGGCGUCGACGUCGUCAAGACGGGCAUGCUCGCGUCCGUCGAGGCCAUCGAGAUGGUGGCCGAGGCGCUCCGGACGCGGGACGUGUCGGGAAAGCUGGUCGUGGACCCCGUCAUGGUUGCCACGUCCGGGGCACAGCUGCUGCCCCCGACGGCGGCGUCGCAGCUCACGGCGCUCAUCCUCCCGCAGACCACACUGCUCACCCCGAACAUCCCCGAGGCCAGCCUCCUCCUCACGAGGUCCGGCCAGGAGCCGCCGGCCGUCAAGACCGUGGGCGAUAUGGAGGUCAUCGGCCGUGCUCUCCAAGGUCUCGGCCCCGACUGGGUCCUGGUCAAGGGCGGCCACGCACCCCUGGGCAAGGACUACACUGUCGUCGAGAACCCCGAUGAUCGCCGCAUCGUCGUCGACGUCCUCGUCGGCCCUUGGAACCAGGUGCUCAAGAUCGAGUCUGCGUACCAAAACUCCAGACACACGCACGGCACUGGCUGCUCGCUAGCGUCUGCCGUUGCGGCAAACCUCGCCAACGGCAUGGAGAUGCCUCGCGCGGUCAAGGCUGCAUGCAGGUACAUCGAGGCCGCCAUCAAGGCCGCGCCUGGUCUUGGCCAAGGAAACGGGCCCUUGGGCCACUUCCACUCGCUGUCGAUUCAGCCGUUCGCGCUUGGCAACUUCAUCGAGUACCUCCUGGAGCGUCCGGACGUGGCGCCGCUGUGGCAAAGAUACACCCGGCAUCCCUUCGUCAUGGGACUUGGCGAUGCCAGUCUGCCCCUUGAAUCCUUCAAAUCGUAUCUGGUCCAGGACUAUCUUUACCUGAUCCAGUUCGCUCGGGCCAACUCUCUGGCCGCCUACAAGGCUGCAAACAUGAAAGACAUAGCUGCCUCCGCUGCUAUCGUCCUUCAUAUCGACCGUGAAACUCGGCUGCACCUGGAGUACUGCAAGAGCUUCGGGCUACUGCGGGAGGACAUUGAGCGGGCAGAGGAGCAUCCGACCUGCACUGCUUACAGCAGAUACAUUCUCGACGUGGGGCACUCCUCGGAUUGGCUUGCUCUGCAGGUGGCUCUGGCGCCUUGCCUCCUGGGCUACGGCGCCAUCGCCCAACAUCUCCAUGCCGACCAAAACUCUAAGAGAGAAGGGAAUCCGUACUGGUCCUGGAUCCAGAACUACGUCGCCGACGACUACGUGCUGGCCGUCAAAACAGGCUCAGAGCUGCUGGAACGCCACGCGAUACAGCAGUCGCCGACCAGGGUCGAAGAACUGGUGCAGGUGUUCAAGCACGCUGUCAAGAUGGAGAUUGCGUUCUGGGAGAUGUUUCCGUCCUCGCCUGCGACGGGGGUGUGA